CUUCUCCUCCAAUCUCUCCCAGUUCAAUAGUUUCCUACAACUUUCCCCUAAGUUGUUUAUCCAUUUUUCCGAACACUAUUGCUAAUUGAUUUCGAAUACAAGAAAGUCAUGUCUGCGCUUCAAGAAGAAAUCAAAGCCGCUGAAAAGAAAUGCAACGAGGCCAUUAAUAAAGGUGACGUUGAUGCAGUCGUUGGUUGCUAUACUGACGAUGCUAAAAUCUUAGCACCUGGUAGCCCAAUGAUCUCUGGCAAGGCUGCAAUCAAAGAGUAUUUCGCUGGCUUAGCUGCUCUCGGUAUUGGAAAAUCGGAAACAGAUGUCCUUGAAGUUGGAGGUGGAGGCAACAACGCCUACGUAAUCUAUAACAACACCUUAUACAAGGCUGAUGGAUCUGUCUUUGAUAACGGAAAGGGUCUUGCUUUAUACUACAAAGACAACGGUGUAUGGAAGAUCUACGCUGAUUCAGCUAAUUCCAAUGCUGCUUCAGCUUCCUAAACGUAGCUGUAGUAUCAUUGAUUAUUUAUACUUAUUGUGUAGUGAUUCGUACUUAUUGGUGUUAGUUGUAAUGUCUUAUCGUCGAUGCUAUGUUACCUGCUACAUUUUUGGUGUAGCUAGUAAUUGCUGUAGACGUAACUAAAAGAUUAGCUUUUGGAAACUUUUAGCAACUCUUGAAAUAAAGCAAUUGAAAUGU